AUGCGGCUUGAUGAGAAGCCACAUGUGGUUUUCGAUAUGCAGUUCAUUGAUGAAAUGGCCGAGAAACGUCGAAAUAUUAUCGGAAACCAAAUGCAAUACCUUAUUUCGGAAAAUUUUCGGCGAGAGGAGCCAUUCCAGUUGACGUUCGCGAAUUUCGACGAUCAGAGAAAGCAGAAUCAAAAGCUUCUUGAGAAUUUCAUUGGAUUCUACAACGGUGAGCACAUGAAUCAAACAAUAUUGCCAGACUUUUUGAAUCAGUCUGUUCGCGAUAUCUAUCCGAAUGAGAAGGAGAUCGUCUAUAUAACUAGGUAUGGACGAGAGAUGCUGGAUGGACCGUUGAAGAACAAAGUCUACGUGAUAUGCGCUUCAUUCGAUACAAAUCGCGAAUCAAUUGGAGCGGCGAGAAAAGGAAACUUUCGUGCAAUGAGGCUGCCUUUUAAGAAAUACGUUCGCUGGCAAAGUGGCCCUCAGUACCUGCCGUUCAUCAAUUUGGUACGUGUUCUGGAUGAAGUGUAUGAGUCGAAUGGGGACUGGGAGACAGCCCUGCUCAACAACAUCUCAAAACGUCAUCUACGAAGUGCCGAAGAGACGAGUGCCUAUGCGGCGUUCAAUACCGAAAAAAUGAAAGAACAUAAGCGCCAAAUGCAGGAGUUAGUCGAAAUGAUUGCAAAUGCCACGGCAACUGCCUGA